ACUGGGAUAGCUAUUCUUAGUAUGCGCUAUGCAUAAGCACUUGGCUAUGGGAUCUUCUCACUCGAAUCAGACAGCCAUUCUUGAUACCGAUUAAUAUGAUUAUGGUUACAAAAAGUUUAUCAGAAGCCAAAAUGGUCAAGCUUAUGCGCUGAUCAUCUCGUAAAUGCUGUGAUAUGGAGAUCGUUGGAUAUAUUAAGGUGCUGUCCCUCUAUUUCUGCUUGAUUUGUUCUGUUUUACUGUUUUACUGUCGUACAUAUCAACAGCAUCACAACCCAACAGCGCAAGGAAAGCCUAACUAUGGCUCAACCUCAAACAAUCCCAGACCCGGAUUUAAUCACCAAAAUGGAAUGCUUUACCAAAAAGUACUACCGAGAUACGUAUCCAUCCAUAGAUCCGACCCAGCCAGAGCUUUCUCAAGCCGGAAAAGUUGUCAUCGUUACUGGUGCCAGUCGUGGGAUAGGAAAACAGGGAUUUGCUGCCUCAUUUGCCCGUGCCCAUGCUGCUGCUAUCGUCCUCAUUGCGCGGUCUACUUCCAAUCUAGCCCAGACAGAGGAUCUCAUUAAACGGAUCAAUCCACACACAAAAGUGCUCUCGUUUGCCGUGGAUAUCCUCGAUGAGGCUGGCAUCCAAAAUGCCAUGCAGGAGACUGUGAAGCGAGUCGGCAUUCCAAGCGUCCUGGUUAACAAUGCAGCAGCCAUGACCAUGGAGAACAUUGCCAGUUCCGACAGUGAAUCAUGGUGGAAGAUUCAAGAGGUAAAUGUCAAAGGGACAUACAUAACGACGAAAGCCUUUCUAGGUGUAACAGGCACAAAUCCAACUUCGCCAACAACCAUAAUCAACGUCACCUCGCAGGCAGCCACACAUGUCGCAGCCGGGUUGAGUUCCUAUAGCAUCUCCAAGCUGGCCAGCAUCAAAAUCAACUCCCACCUAGCAGAGGAAUAUCCUAGUAUUACUUGUGUUGCGCUUAACCCAGGUUUCAUUGCCACGGAGGUUGCGACGAAUAUUCCCAUUCUUGUCCCGUUCAUUCGGGAUACACCAGAACUUGCAGGAGAUACUGCGGUAUGGCUGUCUAGUGGUGAUAGGAAGUUUCUGUCUGGGAGAGUUAUGACGGCGUGGUGGGAUGUGGAUGAGAUGCUGGCAAGGAAGCAGGAGAUUAUCGAGGGGAAUUUGCUGACGCCUUGUCUUCGGGGGAGGUUUGGGAUCUGAAGAUAUUACCUACUACGGAGUAGAUAU